AUGGCGGCGGGAGUAGCGGCAUGGCUUCCCUUUGCCCGGGCAGCAGCGAUCGGCUGGAUGCCCGUGGCCAACUUGCCCAUGCCCGUGGCGCCCACUGAAAAGAACAAGCGGCAGGAUGAGCUGAUCAUUCUUAACGUCAGUGGACGUCGGUUCCAGACGUGGAAGAACACGCUGGACCGCUAUCCGGACACACUGCUGGGCAGCUCAGAGAAGGAGUUCUUCUACAACGAGGAGACCAAAGAGUACUUCUUCGACCGGGACCCCGACGUGUUCCGCAGCGUGCUCAACUUCUAUCGCACAGGCAAGCUCCACUAUCCACGCUACGAGUGCAUCUCCUCCUAUGAUGAGGAACUGGCUUUCUUUGGCAUCGUCCCAGAGAUCAUUGGUGACUGCUGCUACGAAGAGUACAAGGACAGGAAGAGGGAGAACGCAGAGCGCCUGAUGGACGACCAGGAGGACAACAAGGAUGCUAAGCUGCCCAACAUGACCUUCAGGGAGACCAUGUGGCGGGCUUUCGAGAACCCUCACACUUCCACCAUGGCCCUCGUCUUCUACUACGUUACUGGCUUCUUCAUUGCCGUCUCCGUCAUCACCAACGUGGUAGAGACGGUGCCCUGUGGCUCAGCGCCCAACCAGAAGGAGGUGCCAUGUGGCGAGCGCUACACCGUGGCCUUUUUCUGCAUGGACACGGCCUGCGUCAUGAUCUUCACCGUGGAGUACCUGAUGCGCUUGUUCGCCGCGCCCAGCCGUUACCGCUUCAUGAGAUCCGUCAUGAGCAUCAUUGACGUGGUGGCCAUCUUGCCCUACUACAUCGGCCUGGUGAUGACUGACAACGAGGACGUGAGCGGCGCUUUCGUGACCCUCCGUGUUUUCCGCGUGUUCCGUAUCUUUAAGUUCUCCCGGCACUCGCAGGGCCUGCGCAUCCUGGGCUACACGCUGAAGAGCUGUGCCUCGGAGCUGGGCUUCCUGCUCUUCUCCCUCACUAUGGCCAUAAUUAUCUUUGCUACCGUCAUGUUCUACGCAGAGAAGGGUUCAAGCUCCAGCAAAUUCACCAGCAUCCCAGCCUCCUUCUGGUACACCAUCGUUACUAUGACAACGCUCGGGUAUGGAGACAUGGUUCCUAAGACGAUCGCAGGGAAAAUCUUUGGUUCGAUCUGCUCUCUGAGUGGGGUGCUGGUAAUUGCCCUGCCUGUCCCAGUCAUCGUGUCCAACUUUAGUCGCAUCUAUCACCAGAAUCAGAGGGCAGACAAGCGGCGGGCGCAGAAGGUACAGGUGAGCACAGUUUUAUUUCUCGUCAGCUGGGCCUCAGAGG